AACCUUCCUCAUCCUCCUCUUCUUCCUCGACCCCGAGUCUCUGAGUGCUCCGUUUGCCAAUCUCCCUGUGCAGAUGUCGACCUACAAGCGGGCGACGCUGGACGAUGAAGACCCCCUGGACUCCCUUGGUGACGGCGAUGGAUACCCCAACGGCUUCCAGGUGAACUUCCGCGGCUCGCGGGGCAGCCGCGGCUGCUGGGCCAGGGACCGCGGCGAGAGGCAGCUGCUGGUGCUCGUGGGGCUGCUGGCAGUGGUGCUGGUGGCAUGUCCUCAUGCCAGGCCACCCGCCGUGUGCCUGUCGGAGUCCUGCAUCUCCGUCACCAGCUCCAUCCUCAGCUCGCUGGACCGGGCGGUGAAUCCCUGCGAGGACUUUUUCAGCUACGCCUGCGGGGGCUGGAUCAAGGCCAACCCCCUCCCCGAUGGCCACUCGCGCUGGGGCACCUUCAACAACCUCUGGGAGCACAACCAGGCCAUCAUGAAGCACCUGCUGGAAAACACCACAGCCAACGUGUCGAGCGAGGCGGAGCGCAAGGCACAGCGCUAUUACCAGGCCUGCAUGAACGAGAGCAAGAUUGAGGAGCUGCGUGCCACCCCGCUCGUGGAGCUCAUCCAAAAGCUGGGUGGCUGGAACAUCACAGGAACCUGGGCCGGUGGCAACUUCAACGAGACGCUGCGGGAGGUGACGGCGCAUUACCGCACCUCGCCCUUCUUCUCCGUCUACGUCAGCGCCGACUCCAAGAACUCCAACAGCAACGUCAUCCAGGUGGAUCAGUCGGGGCUGGGCCUGCCGUCGCGGGAUUACUACCUGAACAAGACAGAGAAUGAGAAGGUGCUCGCCGGGUACCUGAACUACAUGGUGCAGCUGGGGAUGUUCCUGGGAGGCACCGAUGAGGAGUCGACACGCCAGCAGAUGCAGCAGAUCCUGGACUUUGAGACAGCAUUGGCCAACAUCACCAUCCCCCAGGAGAAGCACCGGGACGAGGAGCUCAUCUACCAUAAAAUGACAGCUGGAGACCUAAAGGAGCUGGCACCGGCCGUGGACUGGAUGCCUUUCCUCUCCACGGUCUUCUACCCCGUGGAGCUCAAUGAGUCGGAGCCCGUCGUGGUCUACGCCAAGGAGUACCUGGAGCAGGUGUCUGACCUCAUCCUGGCCACAGAUAAGUGUCUCCUCAACAACUAUAUGAUCUGGAACCUGGUGCGGAAAACCAGCCCCUUCCUUGACCAGCGCUUCCAAGAUGCCGAGGAAAAAUUCAUGGAAGUGAUGUAUGGGACGAAAAAGACCUGCCUCCCACGCUGGAAGUUUUGCAUCAGUGACACGGACAACAACCUGGGCUUCGCCCUGGGGGCCAUGUUCGUCAAGGCCACCUUUGCCGAGGACAGCAAGCAGGUGGCAGAGGAAAUGAUUGCAGAGAUUAAAACCGCCUUCGAGGAAAGCCUGGAGACCCUGCAGUGGAUGGAUGAAGAGACGAGGAAAUCGGCCAAAGAGAAGGCAGAUGCCAUCUACAACAUGAUUGGCUACCCCAAGUUCAUCAUGGACCCCAAGGAGCUGGAUAAAGUCUUUAAUGACUACGAGGCCGUGUCUGACCUCUACUUCGAGAACGUCAUGCAGUUUUACAACUUCUCGGCCAGGGUCACGGCCGACCAGCUCCGGAAACCACCGAACCGGGACCAGUGGAGCAUGACACCUCCGACAGUCAACGCGUACUACUCUCCCACCAAGAACGAGAUCGUCUUCCCCGCCGGCAUCCUUCAGGCCCCCUUUUACACCCGUGCAUCCCCCAAGUCCCUGAAUUUUGGUGGGAUCGGCGUGGUGGUUGGCCAUGAGCUGACACAUGCCUUUGAUGACCAAGGCCGGGAAUACGACAAGGACGGCAACCUGCGUCCCUGGUGGAAGAACUCCUCGGUGGAGGCCUUCAAGCGUCAGACAGCGUGCAUGGUGGAGCAGUACAGCAACUACACCGUCAACGGCGAGGCCGUCAACGGCAAGCACACCCUCGGGGAGAACAUCGCCGACAACGGGGGCCUCAAGGCCGCCUACCGGGCAUAUCAAAACUGGCUGAGAAAGAACGGGGAUGAGGAAACCCUCCCAACCCUCGGCCUCACCAACCACCAGCUCUUCUUUGUUGGCUUCGCGCAGGUGUGGUGCUCGGUUCGCACGCCAGAGAGCUCUCACGAGGGGCUCAUCACCGACCCCCACAGCCCCUCGCGCUUCCGCGUCAUCGGCACCGUCUCCAACUCACGGGAGUUCGCGGAGCACUUCGGCUGCCCCGUGGGCUCCCCCAUGAACCCCCCCAAGAAGUGCGAGGUCUGGUGAAGGGCGAGCGCCCCAGCGGGAGCCAGCGGCCGGUUGUUCCAUCCUCUGCUGGAUUUCCCCUGUCCUGUGAGGGUCAAACCACUUCUCUGCACCAGGGAGAGCCCGGCUCAGCCAGAGCUGCCCCGGUAUUGUCCGAGGUUCGGUCCACUGUGAAAACUCCUCAUCCCCUCGCUCGUUGGUGAAAUGACUUUGGUUUGGGGGGGGUCUCUUCUUUCCCACCACGUCCAUGGGCACUGCCCUGAACCACCACCCCAGCAAAAUCCCUCUUUUUUUGGAGGGUAUAAAGGGAACCCCCGGCACCGGCAGGUUUGUCUGCGUGUCUUAGUACAGCCAACGUACCUUCCUCUCUCCAAAGAUGCGCACACAAGGAUGGGAAAUAUUUUAAGAUAUAUUUUUUGGGGGGGAGGGGAAAUAUAUAUAUUUUUUUUCAUGCAUUGUGGAAUACACUGGAAGAUUUCAGGGAAAAUGCAUUUAAAAGCCGCCUUUUUAGUAAAAGAUUAGUAUAUUUAUUAAUUUUUUUUACUUAGUGCAGCUGUAGAUGCAGCACCCUGUGGUGACAGUCCCUUGGCCAGGGAAGCUGGGUGGGGCCGUGGAUCUAACUUUCCAGCCUUGGAUCCUGCUUCUCCAGGAAGGACUGUCCUCAGAGGAUGCUUACGGGAAAAUUGGGGACAGCAGGCCCAGGGACAGGGCUGGAGGAUGCUGCAAGUCACAGGCUGUGCCGGGAUGCUCCUGGGAUUAGCUUUAAUUUGGGAGUGCAAAGGGAAAA